CAGCUGGCUGCUGUGCUAUGGCUUCCUCUACCUGGCGCUCUACGCGCAGGUGUCCCAGUCCAAGCCCUGCGAGAGGACCGGCUCCUGCUUCUCGGGCCGCUGUGUCAACUCCACCUGCCUCUGCGACCCGGGCUGGGUGGGGGACCAGUGCCAGCACUGCCAGGGCAGGUUCAAGCUAACAGAACCUUCAGGAUAUUUAACAGAUGGUCCAAUUAACUAUAAAUAUAAAACUAAAUGUACAUGGCUAAUUGAAGGCUAUCCAAAUGCAGUGUUAAGAUUAAGAUUCAAUCAUUUCGCCACAGAAUGUAGCUGGGAUCACAUGUAUGUUUAUGAUGGAGAUUCAAUAUAUGCACCUUUAAUAGCUGUACUUAGUGGUUUGAUUGUCCCUGAAAUCAGGGGAAAUGAAACUGUUCCUGAAGUUGUGACGACAUCUGGCUAUGCACUGUUGCAUUUUUUUAGUGAUGCCGCAUAUAAUCUAACUGGUUUCAACAUUUUUUAUUCAAUCAACUCCUGUCCUAACAAUUGCUCUGGCCAUGGGAAAUGUACAACUAGUAUCUCUGCUCCAAGUCAAGUAUAUUGUGAAUGUGAUAAAUACUGGAAGGGUGAAGCUUGUGACAUCCCUUACUGUAAAGCCAACUGUGGCAGCCCAGACCAUGGCUACUGUGACCUCACUGGAGAGAAAUUGUGUGUCUGCAAUGACAGUUGGCAAGGUCCUGAUUGUUCUUUAAAUGUUCCUUCUACUGAGUCUUACUGGAUUCUGCCAAAUGUUAAACCCUUCAGCCCUUCCGUAGGUCGGGCUUCCCAUAAAGCUGUUUUACAUGGGAAAUUUAUGUGGGUGAUUGGUGGAUAUACUUUUAAUUAUAGUUCUUUUCAAAUGGUUCUGAAUUACAACCUAGAAAGCAGUAUAUGGAAUGUGGGAACACUGUCAAGGGGACCCCUUCAGAGAUAUGGACACUCUCUUGCCUUAUAUCAGGAAAACAUCUUUAUGUAUGGAGGCAGAAUUGAGACGAACAAUGGCAAUGUCACGGAUGAAUUAUGGGUCUUCAACAUACACAGCCAGUCGUGGAGUACAAAGUCGCCCACGGUACUUGGGCACGGGCAGCAGUAUGCGGUCGAGGGGCAUUCGGCCCACAUCCUGGAGCUGGACAGCAGGGACGUUGUCAUGAUCAUCAUCUUUGGCUAUUCCGCCAUAUAUGGGUACACCAGCAGCACCCAGGAGUACCACAUCUCAUCAAACACUUGGCUUGUUCCAGAAACCAAAGGAGCUAUUGUUCAAGGUGGAUAUGGCCAUACCAGUGUGUACGAUGAAAUAACAAAGUCGAUUUAUGUGCAUGGAGGCUAUAAAGCAUUACCUGGCAAUAAAUAUGGAUUGGUUGAUGAUCUUUAUAAGUAUGAAGUUAACACUAGGACUUGGACUAUUUUGAAAGAAAGUGGGUUUGCCAGAUACCUUCACUCAGCUGUUCUUAUCAAUGGAGCUAUGCUUAUUUUUGGAGGAAAUACCCAUAAUGACACUUCCUUGAGUAACGGUGCAAAAUGUUUUUCUGCCGAUUUCCUGGCAUAUGAUAUAGCUUGUGAUGAAUGGAAAAUAUUACCAAAGCCCAAUCUUCAUAGAGAUGUCAACAGAUUUGGACACUCUGCAGUUGUCAUUAAUGGGUCCAUGUAUAUAUUUGGAGGAUUUUCUAGCGUACUUCUUAAUGAUAUCCUUGUAUACAAACCUCCAAAUUGUAAAGCUUUCAGAGAUGAGGAACUUUGUAAGAAUGCUGGUCCAGGGAUAAAAUGCAUUUGGAAUAAAAAUCACUGUGAAUCUUGGGAAUCUGGGAAUACUAAUAACAUUCUUAGAGCAAAGUGUCCUCCUAAAACAGCUGCUUCUGACGACAGGUGUUACAGAUACGCGGAUUGUGCCAGCUGCACCGCUAAUACCAAUGGGUGCCAGUGGUGUGAUGACAAGAAAUGCAUUUCAGCAAACAGUAACUGCAGUAUGUCUGUGAAAAACUAUACCAAGUGCCACGUGAGGAACGAGCAGAUGUGUAACAAGCUCACCAGCUGUAAGAGCUGUUCGCUGAACUUGAAUUGCCAGUGGGAUCAGCGACAACAAGAAUGCCAGGCGUUACCAGCUCAUCUUUGUGGAGAAGGAUGGAAUCAUAUUGGGGAUGCUUGUCUUAGACUCAAUUCCAGUAGAGAAAGCUAUGAUAAUGCAAAACUUUAUUGCUAUAAUCUCAGUGGUAAUCUUGCUUCAUUAACAACCUCAAAAGAAGUAGAAUUUGUUCUGGAUGAAAUACAGAAGUAUACACAGCAGAAAGUAUCACCUUGGGUAGGUUUACGCAAGAUCAACAUAUCCUACUGGGGAUGGGAAGACAUGUCUCCCUUCACAAACACCACACUACAGUGGCUUCCUGGUGAACCAAAUGAUUCUGGGUUCUGUGCGUAUCUAGAAAGGGCUGCAGUGGCAGGUUUAAAGGCUAACCCUUGCACAUCUAUGGCAGACGGCCUUGUCUGUGAAAAACCUGUUGUGAGUCCAAAUCAGAACGCGAGGCCGUGCAAGAAGCCGUGCUCCCUGCGCACGUCCUGCGCCAACUGCACCAGCAACGGCAUGGAGUGCAUGUGGUGCGGCAGCACGCGGCGCUGUGUGGACUCCAACGCCUACAUCAUCUCCUUCCCCUACGGGCAGUGUCUGGAGUGGCAGACGGCCACCUGCUCCCCUCAGAACUGUUCUGGAUUGAGAACCUGUGGACAAUGUCUGGAACAGCCUGGAUGUGGAUGGUGCAAUGACCCCAGUAAUACAGGAAGAGGACACUGCAUUGAAGGUUCUUCCCGGGGACCUAUGAAGCUAUUUGGAAUGCAUAAUAAUGAGAUGGUUCUUGACACCAGCCUUUGUCCUAAAGAAAAGAACUAUGAGUGGUCCUUUAUCCAGUGUCCAGCUUGCCAGUGUAACGGACAUAGCACCUGCAUCAAUAAUAAUGUGUGCGAACAAUGUAAGAAUCUCACCACAGGGAAGCAAUGUCAAGACUGCAUGCCAGGUUAUUAUGGAGAUCCAACCAAUGGAGGACAGUGUACAGCUUGUACAUGCAGUGGCCAUGCCAAUAUUUGCCAUAUGCACACAGGAAAAUGUUUCUGCACGACUAAAGGAAUAAAAGGUGAUCAGUGCCAAUUAUGUGACUCUGAAAAUCGCUAUGUUGGUAAUCCACUUAGAGGAACAUGUUAUUACAGCCUUUUGAUUGACUAUCAGUUUACAUUCAGCUUAUUGCAGGAAGAUGAUCGUCAUCACACUGCCAUAAACUUCAUAGCAAAUCCAGAACAGUCAAACAAAAAUUUGGAUAUUUCAAUCAAUGCAUCAAACAACUUUAAUCUCAACAUUACAUGGUCAGUUGGUUCAACAGCUGGAACAAUAUCUGGGGAAGAGACUCCUAUAGUUUCCAAGACUAAUAUAAAGGAAUACAGAGAUAGUUUUUCCUAUGAAAAAUUUAACUUUAGAAGCAAUCCUAACAUUACAUUCUAUGUCUACGUUAGCAACUUUUCCUGGCCUAUUAAAAUACAGAUUGCAUUCUCACAACACAAUACAAUCAUGGAUCUUGUGCAAUUUUUUGUCACCUUCUUCAGUUGCUUUUUAUCCUUGUUACUGGUGGCGGCUGUGGUGUGGAAGAUCAAACAAACAUGCUGGGCUUCUCGGCGGAGAGAGCAACUGCUCCGAGAACGACAGCAGAUGGCCAGCCGUCCCUUUGCUUCUGUUGAUGUAGCACUGGAAGUGGGAACUGAACAAACAGACUUUCUGCGAAGGCCAUUAGAGGGAGCUCCGAAACCUAUAGCCAUUGAGCCGUGUGCCGGGAACAGAGCCGCUGUCCUCACUGUGUUUCUUUGUCUCCCGAGAGGACUUUCAGGUACCCCUCCACCUGGGCAGUCAGGUCUUGCAAUCGCCAGUGCCCUAAUAGAUAUUUCACAACAGAAGCCUUCAGAUAGUAAAGACAAGGUUUCGGGAGUGAGAAAUCGAAAACACCACCUCUCAACACGUCAAGGAACUUGUGUCUGAGGAUAUUCUGAGUGUUUGACUUUCUAAAUGGCUUCUUGAAGAUGAUCUAUGGCCUCAGCUCUCAAGGCGACAACUCCUGUGGUCCUAGGGCCCAAGUACAGUUCCCUGCAAAUGGGCAGUGACCCAAGUGGCCAAAGAAAGUUCAUGAAUUUUAUAAAAGUAACAGUGUUGAUUGAUGGUCACAGGACGUAAUGUCAGUUUUGAUGACUAUCUUAGGCUUAUCAUAGAUAACGUAAAAUACUCUGGAAAAAAAAAUGUAUAUUGUUUCUUAAUGCAGAUGAAAAAGAUGUAAUUCAUAUAAACCAAACUGUUUAUAUCCCAAGACUUUAAAGAAAGACAUUUUAUAAUGCUUGAAUGAUGAGACUUGUACAGUUUUUGCCUCAUACCUAAACUUAAAUCACUUGUAUAGGAAGGUGACAAGUUGCAGUGACUUUAAAUGCUGUUUUAAUCUCACUGUAAAUGUAAAAGCAAGAUUUUGACUUAAUAAGAUGGAUUUCAAUAUUGCACAUGACCCUAUCAUGGCCAAACUCAGUUUGAGAGAUUGACAAUUUUCCACCCAACUGGAAUGCAGACCAAAAUGAGCCCAUUGGAUGAACGGAUGGUGAACUUCCCAGGUUUAUUAGAAUUCUGAGUGAAGAGGACAUUCCUGUCGCCCAUGCCAACUACCUUACUCAUUAUCAGAGCUGAUAGACCAUGGAAAAGCCCAGCCGUCAGUUUUCCCUUUCCUUCCAAAAACCAGCCUCUGAUACCACAACGCUGCAAAGAACUGAAAUUAUUAUCUUACAGUGUGCAAACUUCCUCAACAAGGUAAUUGUUAAUUGCCUCGGAAUCACUGGAUCAGACCUGAAUGAUCCAUCUGCAUUUUUAAAAGAACAGAUUGACUUAUUUCAACCUUCCUCUGCAAGCUGCUAAGUUGUAUGUACUUUUUACAAUGCUAGAAGUGUUCCAGAGACUCCGCCUCCCAAAUUAUUAUAUAACCCAGGCACCUUCCUGCCAACUCCUUCUCUUGGAAUAGAGGAGAGUAUUUGCUGGCAAGCAUCUCCAGCAUUCUUGUUUCUAACAUGAACACAUCGACAUCAAAGAAAGUAUCCAGUUUAAAAAUAAAUGUAGUUGUUGCCCACAUUCAUCAUAUUCUUAAUUCAAAAACCUGAAUUAGGGCAGAAAGGGGAAAGGAUAGAAAACAGCCUUCACACUGAAACACGGAGAGACCCGUGUCCUCAUGUUGACAGCAGUUCACUAGGGCCGCGUAAUAGUAACAGGUCUUGUUUGGAAUUCAGUUGCUUAAUUUCAAGGUCACUCCAAGGAUAUGUGUAGAGAGCAGUGACCGAUUAUCCCAAACUGUAGCACAUGAUAUAGUUUGGUUCAAUAUGAAAGCCAUUUAAAUAUAAUUGAUGUUUACUACUAUAUAGUACUUUCCAUGUUCUCUGGAUUUCUGGAAGGUGAAGACACUUUACUGUUCCCAGCUAACGCAGUUACUUGCAUGCUGCGGUCAUGCGGUAGCAGGAUUCAACUCUAUUGUGAUAGUAAAUGUUAAUUUCAUGAUGCCACUUA